ACUCUUAUCUUAGUACGUUCUUGUUCUUUGAUACCUUUCGUGGUUGUACCAGGGAGUUGGUUGUACUACAGGGAAAGUGGGUUUGCAUACUUAAUACAUUCGAUCCCCAACAAGGAAAGCAUUAACAUGACAGCACCAGAAGUCAAGUUCACACAGUUGUUUAUCAACAAUGAGUAUGUCAACUCUGUGAGUGGAAAGACAUUUCCUACCAUCAAUCCAACAAAUGGAGAGAAGAUCUGCGACGUUCAGGAAGGCGACAAAGCAGAUGUAGACAAAGCUGUAGUAGUUGCACGUGAGGUGAUGAAAGUUGGGUCACCAUGGCGACGGAUGGAUGCAUCAAAACGAGGCAAACUGAUAUAUAAAUUGGCAGAUCUCAUCGAGAGGGAUACUGAAUAUCUAGCUAGGUUGGAGACUCUUGACAAUGGAAAACCGUUGAGUGCUAGUCGAGUUGGUGAUGUCCCAGCAAUCAUUCGUGUGCUGCGUUAUUAUGCUGGUUGGUGUGAUAAGAUUACUGGAAAGACCAUACCAGUAGAUGGCGAUGUCUUCUGCUAUACUCGCCGUGAACCAGUCGGUGUCUGUGGAGCAAUCAUUCCAUGGAACUUCCCAUUGGGUAUGCUUGGAUGGAAAAUUGCUCCUGCUCUUUGUUGUGGGAAUGCUAUUAUUGUGAAACCAGCUGAACAAACGCCACUCACAGCCAUAUACAUAGGCUCUUUAGUUAAAGAGGCUGGCUUCCCGCCAGGUGUUGUCAACAUCAUCCCAGGUUAUGGUCCUACAGCAGGAGCUGCUAUUUCUGAGCACAUGGACAUUGACAAAGUUGCCUUCACUGGUUCAACUGAGGUAGGUAAACUUAUACAACAAGCUGCAGGGAAAAGCAACUUAAAACGAGUGACACUAGAGUUAGGGGGAAAGAGCCCCCUUAUUGUACUUGCUGACAGUGAUGUGGAUGUGGCAGUCAACUGGGCCCAUGAAGCUUUGUUCUUUAACAUGGGGCAAGUGUGCACCGCUGGAUCAAGGACUUUCGUACAGGAAGAGAUGUAUGAUGAAUUUGUUAAGAAGGCAACAGAAUUGGCCAAGAACCGCAAAGUAGGAGAUCCUUUUGAUGAUAGCUCACAAUCAGGCCCACAGGUGGAUAAAGAACAAUUUGAAAAGAUCUUGGAAAUGAUUGAAAGUGGAAAGAAGGAAGGUGCCAAGCUAGAAUGUGGGGGUGGUCGUAAAGGCGACAAGGGCUACUUCAUCCAGCCUACCGUAUUCUCAGGCGUCACCGAUGAAAUGCGCAUUGCUCGUGAAGAGAUCUUUGGACCCGUUCAACAAAUCAUCAAAUUUAAGGACAUGGAUGAGGUAGUUGAUAGGGCAAACCGGACUCUGUAUGGGCUUGCUGCAGCCGUGUUUACUAAUGAUGUAAACAAAGCCAUCAUGGUGUCAAACCGUCUCCAGGCAGGCACGGUCUGGGUUAACCAGUACCAUGCUUUGGAUGUAGCCAGUCCAUUUGGAGGUUACAAGAUGUCUGGAACUGGUCGAGAACUGGGCGAAGAAAGUAUUCAUGAAUACUCUGAAAUAAAGACGGUUUUGGUAAAAAUUCCAGAGAAAACCUGUUAAAUCUAUGAUGAGGGUGGCGAGUAUGCGUAUAUAUCUUGCAAGCCACAAGUUUGCAUGUAGGCCUACAACUUGUAUGCAAAAUGUAUGUUUGUACAACUUGCUUUAAACGACAACCAUAUAAAUUAUAUAUUCAGUGGUUUAGAAGAUACCCACAGCUUGUUUUGGGCUUUCAGCCCAUUUUCUGAUUUGUGAUUUUUGUUCCGUAUAUACGUAUGUAAUUAAUAAAUAAAUCUAUCCUGAUUUUUAACAGUAAGCAACUGACAACUUUUAAUAAAGGUUGGAAAGUGGUUAUUCCAUCCAUAAUUGACAGUUUCUUUUAAAACUGCGAUUUUUCUGUAUCUAAAUUUGAAAAAUUAAAAUCAGUUGUCUUUCGCAUCUGAUUGUAAUGUUAAUUUUUAAAAUUUCAACAUCUAUUAAUCCUUUUAUUGUUUUAUUAUCAAAAAUCAUGAGGAUAAACAGUUUGGUAGUUUUGAGAAAAACAUGUUCUAUGGAUUAUGACAUCUAAAGUAAUUGCUUAUUUCUCUUUUGCCAACUCGAUUAGGUCAAAUAAAUUUAAAAAAAUACUAGUUUCUCGUCCGAUCGCACAUCCAUUUUCUCUGCCUCACCAAUUCCCCCCCCCCACCUUUAUUUUACGAAAUAUACGAAAAUCUGGCUAACUGACAUUAAAAUUCCUUUUGAUCGUUCAUAUUGUAUAAAUCAUGUCUAGUGCUUCUUUUAUUUGCUUUCAAUUUGUCUACUUUGUAAAAGUGAGAAAGUAGUAGCUGUUUCCCAUCGACCAUCUUGGAUUUGCCAUCUUAGAGUAAAAAAAAAAAAAAUGCAUUCAUUCUCCUUUCUUCAAAAUAUUAGGACGAGAAACUACAUUUUUUUACCUUGGCCUUAAUUUAAUGUUUUAAAAAUAACAAUAUGCCUUUGUACUGUAAUCAAACUGUGAACAAUAAAUUUGAAAAUUUAUCUUGUAUUUUAUGGAAUAUGAUGAAUACAGUACUAGUGUUUAAAUUUUUCUCUUUAACUGACUGCCGUGUGCAAAGGAAUAAUAGACCGUUCCUUGGAUGUUGUUUCUAAAGUUGGGAACUCACCAGCCGCGGAAUGCAUUGCAACGACGUGUAUGCAACGGAUUGUUUUUAAUGACAAUCCAUUGAGACUGCCACCGACAAUCAGCAGAUGGCGUCGUUGUUAAUGGGAGUCAACAUGGCAGUAUUUAAUUGUAAAUGUUUGCAUGAAAUUUCAAUGAUAGACAUAUAAUUAUAUAUAUAGAUGAUAUUUUAUUAUGCUAUACAUAUUCAAUAAAAUAAAAUGUGAAAAGA